AGUUACAAACUCUCUCGUCUCUCUCCUUUGUGCAAUUGACUGUGUUUUACUUCCUCAUCAACCCAGAAAUUAUGUCAUCAAAGACCUUAUCAUCCCUUUUCCAUGGCAACAAAUUUCUCCCACCUUAUUCUACCCCAUCAUUCAAUCACAAAAGAUCAACAUACACUUACCCACCUAACAAAUUUGUUCCUUAUUAUAACCCACAAAUUGGAAAUAAAAUCUUAUGUCUUUCAAAAUCAAAUUCUGAUACCCGAAAAGAAGAUAUAGUCAUUGUUGGUGCUGGAAUUGCUGGCCUUGCCACUGCUCUCGCCCUUCACAGGGUUGGGAUUCCAUCAUUAGUUUUGGAGCAAUCAGAAACUUUAAGAAAAGGGGGGACAUCACUCACCCUCUUUAAGAAUGGGUGGAAAGUAUUAGAUAUUCUUGGUGUUGGAAAUGAGCUUAGGACUCAAUUUCUUCAAAUUCAAGGGUUGUCGAUAAAAACAGAUGAAGGGAAAGAGCUCAGGUCUUUCGAGUUUAAAGACGUGGAUCCAAGUCAAGAAGUACGUGCAGUGGAGAGGAGAGUUCUUCUACAGACUCUUGCUGAUGCACUGCCCCCAAAUUCCGUGCAAUACUCGUCGAAGUUGGCUAAGAUUGAGACAGAUCAGGGAACAGGGGAAACUCGCUUAGAGUUAACCAAUGGUGCUAAAUUAUCAGCCAAGAUUAUAAUAGGAUGUGAUGGAAUCCGGUCUCAAAUAGCACAGUGGAUGGGUUUUCCAGAGCCUAAGUAUUCCGGUCAUUGUGCUAUUAGAGGGCUGGCAGUAUAUAGCGAAGGGCAGCCUCAUCAACCGCGAGUGAGUUACAUCUAUGGAAGAGGAAUAAGAGCUGGAUUUGUUCCUGUUUCGCAGAACAAAGUUUAUUGGUUCAUCUGCUACAACAGAAGUUCUCCAGGUCCUAAGGUUUCAAAUCCAUUAGAAGUGAAGAAAGAAGCACUUGAUCUAGUUAAAAACUGGCCUUCCGAGCUGCUGACCACCAUAGAUCUUACCCCUGACGACAAAAUCUCAAGAGCAGCUCUUGAAGACCGGUGGCUAUGGCCCGCUCUAACUCCCCCGGUUUCAAAAGGAGGGGUUGUGCUAGCCGGAGAUGCCUGGCACCCGAUGACUCCCAACCUCGGCCAAGGUGGAUGUUGUGCCCUAGAAGAUGCAAUCGUCUUGGCGAAAAAGCUCUCUAGUGCAAUGAAACACGGGCAAGGAUCCGUUGAAGAUGCAAUGAGAUCGUAUGGAGAUGAGAGGUGGGCCCGUGUGUUUCCCUUAACCAUACGGGCUAACCUUGUUGGGGGCCUCCUACAGUGGGAUAACCCUGUAGUGUGCGCGGUGAGGAAUGGUUUUGUCAUACCCAAGGUGGUUCAGAUUGGACCUCUUCUUGAGCAUACGAAUUUUGUUAGUGAACCUCUGUAAUCGAUUCGUCACAAUGUUGAACAGUCUUCAAGUAUUUUCCAAGGGGAAAGGAUAAAGUCAUAAACUCAUAAUGCAAUAUUAGCAUAUACAGUAUAUGUAUAUAAACCUAUAUUAGUAUAUUCUCAACUGCAAUAUCAGAAUGAGGUGUAUCUUAUCUAAAUCAUAGUUGGAUUCUACAUUGUGUA